AUGGUGCUCAAAGAACCAGAACUUUCCACUAUUUCUGGUGCCAAACUUGCCAGCGUGCUGUCAGAAUCCCCUCCUCUGCAAACCCUAAUUUCCUCUUCUGCCCUUUUGCUCCCGUCAAUUACACCUCGAACUCGAUAUCACGAGAGGCCCAGGCUUCUCAUGAAUAAUCCUCCUAAUUUACAGCCUUCACCUGCUGCUCAAUUGAUCAACGGAUUGGCUUUCAUUCUGGAUCCAUCCAUGAGAGAGAGAAACACUCGAUUCGAUCGAACAAUUCGAUGGACUGAAGAAACCGAAGAAGACCCGAAUUCUCAGACCUGGAUGACUCUCCGAUUCGUGAGACCAACUCGUCCACAACUACACCUUCCCGGAGCCACCGAAGAAAACAGGCCGCCUCCGGCAGCAGACUCCGCCAUCGAAGGGUUGCCGACGGUGAAAGUGACGGAAACACAAUUGGCGACCGAUCCGAAUUGCGCGAUUUGCAAAGACGAGUUUCAGAUUGAUAUGGAGUGA